AUGAUUCCACUAUUCAACAAGUCUCACGCAACUAAUGGAGAGUCGCUUCUGGAGUUCCUGAACCAGUCAACAGUAUUAUGCAGGCGCUUUGAGAAUGGCCAGUGGUACUGCUACAUCCUGCUGGUCCUCUUCACUUUUGCCCUUCCUGUGGGGAUCUUGGGAAACGUGGCGGCUCUGGUCAACUACACCUGCUUCAGGAAAAGCUCCAGCACAAGCAACAUCUUCCUGCUGAACCUGGCGCUGUGUGACUCGGCCUGGAUCCUUACCCUCCCCUUCACCCUUUACUUCACCUUCCAGAUGUCUCACCUUAAAGAUAUACAGGUCUUCUGCCAGUUCAAGAAGAUCUCCUUCAACAUCAAUAUCUACGGCAGCAUUCUCUUCCUCACCCUGAUCAGUUUUGAUCGCUACAUUGGGACGGUGCACCCCAUCAGCUCUAUGCGCUGGUGGGACGUGGGUAAAGCUAAGCUGUGCGCCUUCUGCACAUGGGUCCUGCUCAUCCUGAGCUCCAUCCCGGACUUAUAUGUAAGUUUCGCAAUCCAGAGGCCUGAAAAUGUCACUGUGUGCAUGGACCACAUCCAGGGUCCAUUCAUCUACGUCAAGAUCAUCACCAUCAUCAGAACUAUAGUAGGCUUCCUGCUGCCAUUUAGCAGCAUGCUGGUUUUUUACAUCAGCACAGUUCGUGUUUUGAGGCGUCUCCCGAAUGGCAGAAGGGACAGAGGAGCCCAGCGGGCGGGAGGGAAGCCUCAGAUGCUCAUCACCGCCGCCAUACUCAUCUUCAUGGUCUCUUUCAUGCCCUACCACAUCAUGGUCAUCACUCUAGUGUUCAUGAGGAUCCACAACCUGGUCACACCCUCUAAUACCAAUGUCCUCUAUGCCUUCUUCGAGUUCUUUGAGGUUAUGUGCAGUGUGAGCAGCUGUCUGGACCCAGUGCUGUACAUCGCAGCGAGCGAGCAGUUCCAGAAGAAGCUGCUGGCCCUGAAGAGAGACAGAAACAAGAGGCUGUGCUGCAGAGCCAGCAGGAGGGUUGGGGUGAUUGGUUGAUUGAGUGAGUCCUUGCUGCCUUACUUUCCAUUUGCUGGAUCACUGUUACACAUGUGCCUUUGACUGAUGUUAAUGGGACAUUUGUCUUUGCCCAAAGUUAGCCUUGUAAAUUGUCGAAAUGGAAAUCAAAAUUAAAAUACUGUGGCUGAAAAAUUGUGAUCAAACCUGCAAAAAUGGUUUGUUUUAUAUCACAAGAUCACGAUCUUACUUAGAUCCACAGCUCUUAUUACACAUCCCAAGGAGGUCACAUUUAUAUCUGCAUUUGUUUGUCUGUUUGCAGGAUAACACAAAAACCACCAAACCAAUUUCCAUGAAACUUGGUGGGAGGAAGGUUAGGGUCAGGAAAGAGCCCAUUCAAUUUAGGUGUAAAUCAAGAUCAGGGGACGGAUCCAGGAAUCUUUAUUUUGUCACUUUCUUUAACACUGUGAGUUUUUCCAUAACAUUUUCAUUGAUUUAUCGGAGAAGUAAUUAGGUGCUGAUCCAAAUAAAAGCUCCAGUGAAUGUAAGUCAGUGAAGUGACUCAUUCAAUGGUGCUUUUCUGUUAUUGUACAGAUGCAGAUCACCUCUGAAUCUGUAUAAUAACAGAAAAGCACCAGUGAAUGAGUCAAUCAUCCUGUUAUUUAUUUGCAAUGCUAACUCGUGUUAAAGCCUUAUCAAUACAAACAUGUAAAAACACCCAUCACCAGCUCCUCCUGUGUAAAUAUUGUGACUGUUGUGCA